UCAGUUCUCGAAAAACUGGACACGAUCCCAGCACUCCUCUCGUGGGCAACGCAGCCGUAGCUCUCUUCUCCGGCUUCUACAAAUCGAAGGGCAGCAUACCGAAGAGCUAUUACCGACAUGUGUAUCUCACGGCAGUUCGAACAUUGAUGAGGAGGACGAGUGUGCGGCAGCAACAUUUCCUACUACCGCCAACAGAUGAAGCGUAUGCAGCAGCAUGCAAAGCUCGAGACGUGAAGCCCCAGAGUGAGAUACUCGAAGAUGGAACACGGGCACAUUGGAUCGGGGAUCCUAAGGCCGAGAAGCUGGUUAUGAAUUUCCACGGUGGCGGAUACUGCGUCCCCUCCUCGCCCGAAAUGGUCGAAUUCAUGUUCCAAGUCGUCGACGUCCUGCAACGAGCCGGCAAAAACGCAGCCUGUCUUUUCCUCUCCUACGACCUUGCGCCCGCCGCCCCGUACCCCCGACAGCUCCAACAAGCUGCCAUGCUCCUAAACCACGUCCUCAACAACCUCAAAAUCUCGCCGAACAAUAUACUCCUAACAGGUGACUCGGCGGGCGCAAACCUCGCCCUCUCCCUCCUCAGCCACAUCUCGCACCCCCACCCCUCAACCACUCUCCCCAUCCCACGCAUCACCCUCUCUUCCCCCCUCCGCGGCGCCGUCUUAAUCUCACCUUGGAUCUCGUUUGAUCUGAGCGCAGACAGCUUUAAACGAAAUGCAUGGAAAGAUUGCAUCACCGUUGAGGCCGGGAAGCAGUGGAGCAGUGCGUUCAUGGCGUGCCCAUGGCCGCACACAGAGGCGAGCGAUUUCUACAACCAGGCGUACACCGCGCCGGAUGAAUGGUGGAAGGGACUGCAGGUGCAGGAGAUGUUGGUUACGGCGGGUGAGGAAGAGGCGCUUGUUGAUGGGAUUAAAGAAUUUGUGGAGAAGUUGAAGACAGGAUUUGGCGGAGAUAAUGUCGAGUUUCUGUGCGUAGAGGGUGAGUAUCAUGAUCAGCCUAGUCUCGAUCUGCAGCUUGGGUUUAAGGAGAGGGAUGAGGGGUUGCAGGCGAGGGAGAUUAAGAGGUGGAUUUCGAGUAAGCUUUGAAUUGUUGAAAUACAAAUGCUACUUAGUCUUGGAAACAAUACUCUCUCUGACAGGAGAGGGAAGGCUUUCUAGAUUGUCUUAGGUCUCGGCAGAAAGUGCAGGCAAUCUAUAAUUGUAAUUUGAGCGGGACUACUUGAAAUGUUUGUCUUUCGCUUAGGGCAUCCAAAAUUUCAAAUAGGUGCUCUUGAGAUAACUACAAGUCUCAAAUAAAUUUUAGACACCC